AUGACCGCAAAACAAAUCAUCACUCUCAUUACCGGUGCAAACCAAGGCCUCGGGUUCGAAGUUGCCAAAAACCUCGUCCUCAGUUCGGGAUCCUACCACGUCAUAAUCGGCAGUCGAGACCCCAGCAAAGGCGCUAAAGCUGUCGCAAAUCUCCAAUCCCUACCAGACAUCAAGGGAACGCUAGACACACUCGAAAUCGAAGUGACAGAUGACGAGUCCGUUGACACAGCUGCCGAGGCUGUUGCCGCAAAACACGGUCGUCUUGACGUCCUAGUAAAUAAUGCCGGUAUCCUCGGCCAAUUACCCUCACUGCGAGACAGCCUCCGCGCGGUAUUGAAUGUCAAUGUCAUUGGAGCAGCGAGCGUGACCGAGGCGUUUUUGCCUUUGCUCCGAAAAUCAGAGGAGCCGCGAUUGAUCUUUGUCGGGUCGAGCAUUGGGUCCAUCACUGGUGCGUCGGAUCCGAGUUCGCCGUACUAUCGCCCUCAGGGGACGGACUAUCGUGUCAGUAAGGCAGCGUUGAACAUGUUGAUGGUGCAGUACCAUCACAUACUGGGGUUGGAGAAGAAGAAUUUCAAGGUGUUCACGGCUGAUCCUGGGUUAAAUGCCACGAAUUUUACGGGUGAUGCGGACUCUCUCAGGGCUCGUGGGGCAGCAGAACCUCAUGUCGGUGGAGCGGUCAUUGCUGAUGUUGUCAAGGGAGUUCGAGAUGCGGAUGUUGGCAAGAUGGUGGGCAAGUAUGGUGUGUCGCCUUGGUAA